AUGGCAGGAGCUUGGCCUUCGUACUGUGAUGGUGGAUGUUCCUCCGUUUCCUGUGCGUGUAACCGCAAGGACAAGAGGAACAACUCCUCGUUGUUGGGCCGGCGGCUCUUGGAAGACUCGAACCGCCACCAGCUGCUCCAGAAGUGGAUGAGCAUGUGGAGCUCGGCGAGUGGGGACGCGUCGGUGGCCCGGCAGGCGAAGGCGCAGAGCGAGGCGGAGGCGGGGCAGGGGGCGCAGGGGGAGAACCCGCUGGUGUUCCUGUGCUCCGGCUGCCGGUGGCCGCUGGGCGACUCGCUGAGCUGGGUGCACGGUCAGGAGGAAUCUGACUGCAUCCUGUUGCGCUGUAUAUCCUCUAAUGUUUCUGUAGAUAAAGAACAGAAGCUGUUCAUGAGGAAAAAUGAAAAUGGUUGCGUUCUUGAGACUUUGUACUGUGCCGGCUGCCUGCUGCACCUUGGCUACAUGUACAGAUGCACUCCCAAGCACCUAGAUUACAAGAGGAACUUGUUUUGCCUCAGCGUGAAAGCCAUUGAAAGUUACGCUUUAGGGUCCUCUGAAAAGCAGAUUGUGUCAGAAGACAAAGAGCUGCUUAAUCUUGAAAGUAGAGUGGAAAUGGAGAAGUCUCUAAAACAGAUGGAAGAUGUCUUGAAAGCCUUACAGACCAAGCUGUGGGACAUUGAAUCAAAAUUGUCCUUUACCAGUUGCAACAACUGAAUUCGGUUCCACGUCCACCCCUCAUGUUCUUGGAAGAGAAGAUCUAUAGGAAUACUUGCAGAGCUCUGCUUUAUGUGAAGGAAGUGACCAUUUCUCCCACAUUAGAAUUUUAAAGAUAUUUUCUGAUACUUGCUGG